AUGAGCUGGUUCAACGCGUCGCAGCUCUCCAGCUUCGCCAAGCAGGCCCUGUCCCAGGCGCAGAAGUCCAUCGACCGGGUCCUGGACAUCCAGGAGGAGGAGCCGGGCGCCUGGGCCGACACCAUCCCCUACGGGGAUCCGGGAAUAGGUUCCCCUGUCAGUGGAGGAUGGGAUACUUCAACCUGGGGAGGAAAAUCAAACGCAGAGCCUCAGAGUCAGCCCGCAGCCUCUCCUAAAGCAAUCACAAAGCCAGUGCGGAGAACGGUGGUAGAUGAGUCGGAAAGUUUCUUCAGCGCCUUUCUCUCGCCAGUGGAUGUCCAGCCCAUUCAGAAGAGUCCGGUGGUAUCCAAGCCGCCAGCUAAGUCACAGAGACCAGAAGAAGAAGUGAAAAGCACCUUACAGGAAACCGUGCACCCUGGAGGGUCAAGGACACCUGAAACAACGGAGUCAGAAGUGACAGACUCUCUUCCCUGUGUGUCCCCAGGGGAGACUCUGGCAGCAGCCACUCUGCCACCGAAAACUGAAGGCGAGCAUGGAGAAACCGGUAAUAAAGAUUCUGACAUGAAGGUGUCAACCACAAGUUUGCAAGAAUCUGAGAAUGUGAUUAAUGUGAAAACAACCGGGGAAAGUGUAUCUGCCGUGUCUACGCAGUCUCUCACGACAGAAACGAAGGACAUAGCUUCAGAAGUGAAGGAACAGAAACACGAAGACAGACAGAGCAAUACACCCUCUCCUCCCGUUAGUACCUUCUCAUCGGGUACUUCUACAACCAGCGAUAUUGAAGUUUUAGAUCAUGAAAGUGUGAUAAGUGAGAGCUCAGCAAGUUCGAGACAAGAGGCUACAGAUUCCAAAUCAAGUCUUCACUUGAUGCAGACAUCUUUUCAGCUUCUCUCAGCAUCUGCUUGUCCUGAAUAUAAUCGUCUAGACGACUUCCCCAAACUCACUGAGAGUUGCUGCUCAUCUGAUGCUUUUGAAAGAAUAGACUCGUUUAGUGUACAGUCAUUAGAUAGCCGGAGUGUAAGUGAAAUUAAUUCAGACGACGAACUGUCAGGGAAGGGUUAUGCUUUAGUACCUAUUAUAGUUAAUCCUUCAACCCCAAAGACAAAACUUGUUGAAGCUGUUGAAGGAAAAUCUGAGGAAGAAGUAAAUGAAACAUUAAUUAUACCCUCUGAGGAAACAGAAAUGGAAGAAAGUGGACGGAGUGCAACUCCUGUGAACUGUGAACAGCCUGAUUCCUUGGUUUCUUCUACACCAAUAAAUGAAGGACACACUGUCUUAGACAAGGUGGCUGAGCAGUGUGAAGCUGCAGCAAGUCAACCAGAAGCACUUACUGAAAAGGAGGAUAUUUCCAAGAAAGUUGAAUUUCUGAAUGAGAAACUGGACAAAAGGGAGGCGCAGUUAUUAUCUCUUAGUAAAGAAAAAGCACUUCUAGAAGAAGCUUAUGAUAAUCUGAAAGAUGAAAUGUUCAGAGUGAAAGAAGAAAGCAGCAGCAUUUCUUCCUUGAAAGAUGAGUUUGCACAAAGAAUUGCAGAAGCAGAAAAGAAAGUUCAGCUAGCCUGCAAAGAGAGAGAUGCUGCUAAAAAGGAAAUCAAAAAUAUGAAAGAAGAACUUGCGACUAGAUUAAAUUGUAGUGAAACUUCAGACCUUUUGAAAGAGAAAGAUGAGCAGAUCCGAGGAUUAUUGGAAGAAGGAGAAAAACUUUCAAAACAGCAACUACAGAGUUCUACCAUCAUUAAGAAAUUAAGAGCUAAAGACAAAGAAAAUGAAAAUAUUAUUGCAAAGCUGAAGAAAAAAGGUAAAGAGCUAGAAGAAGAGUUGCAUCAUUUGAAACAGGUCCUUGAUGGUAAAGAAGAAGUUGAGAAACAACAUAGAGAAAAUAUUAAAAAACUAAAUUCUGUGGUCGAACGUCAAGAGAAAGAUCUUGGCCAACUUCAAGUGGGUAUGAAUGAACUUGAAGAAAAGAACCGAAGUAUUCAGGCCGCUCUUGACAGUGCAUACAAAGAACUUACUGAUCUCCAUAAAGCCAAUGCUGCAAAGGCUAGUGAGGCACAGGAAGCUGCUCUGAGUCACGAGAUGAAAGCUAAAGAAGAACUUUCUGCAGCACUAGAGAAGGUGCAGGAAGAAACCCGUCAGCAGCAAGAAGCACUGGCUAUUCAGGUGGGAGACCUGAGGCUGGCCCUGCAGCGUGCGGAACAAGCAGCUGCCAGGAAGGAGGAUUAUUUGCGCCACGAGAUCAGUGAGCUCCAGCAGAGACUCCAGGAAGCCGAGAAUCGAAACCAGGAACUGAGUCAAAGUGUUUCAUCAACGACAAGACCAUUGCUUCGACAGAUAGAAAAUUUGCAGGCAACACUAGGGUCCCAGACGUCGUCGUGGGAGAAGCUGGAGAAGAACCUCUCUGACAGGCUGGGUGAAUCGCAGACCUUGUUGGCAGCAGCCGUUGAAAGAGAACGUGCGGCUACAGAAGAACUCCUUGCCAACAAAAUUCAGCUGUCUUCCAUGGAGUCACAGAAUUCUCUCUUAAGACAGGAAAACAGUAGAUUUCAGGCCCAGCUAGAAUCAGAGAAAAAUAGGCUAAGAAAACUGGAAGAUGAAAAAAAUAGGUACCAGGUUGAAUUAGAAAACGUAAAAGAUGAUUAUGUGAAAACACUUGAAGAGACAAGGAAAGAAAAGACACUGUUGAACAGUCAGUUGGAAAUGGAGAAAAUGAAAGUUGAACAAGAAAGGAAGAAAGCCGUUUUUACUCAAGAAGCAAUAAAAGAAAAGGAACGAAAACCGUUUUCUGUUUCUAGCACGCCCACGCUGUCACGAUCAAGUUCAAUAAGUGGAGUUGAGAUGGCAGGGCUGCAAACAUCUUUCCUGUCUCAGGAUGAGCCUCCUGAUCUCUCACUGGGACCGAUGUCUGUAUCAGCAAACGGAAGCAAUCUUUAUGAGGCUGUAAGGAUGGGGGCAGGAUCCAGCAUUAUUGAAAACCUACAGUCUCAGCUGCAACUAAGGGAAGGAGAAAUUGCUCAUUUACAGGUAGAAAUUGGCAGUCUAGAAAAAACACGGUCCAUAAUGGCUGAAGAGCUAGUUAAAUUAACAAAUCAAAAUGAUGAACUGGAAGAGAAAGUGAAGGAGAUACCCAAACUUCGAACUCAACUACGAGAUUUGGAUCAGAGAUACAACACUAUUUUGCAGAUGUACGGAGAAAAAGCAGAAGAGGCAGAAGAACUUCGAUUAGAUCUUGAAGAUGUAAAAAAUAUGUAUAAGACUCAAAUAGACGAACUUUUAAGACAGAGGCUCAGUUAA